GUAUUUCCGCUGUUGUUCCUAGACACCGCGUAGAUUUUUAUUUCAGUUUCUCAAACCAAAACGUAGCAGUUUAGUUGCAGUUUUAAUGGGCAUAUUUAUGAUAGUCUGAAUGUUUUGUUUAUGGUCAUCGUAUGACAUAAGUACAAUAGCUUGCAGAUUAAAAGAUACAAACUGAGUGACGAGGAACAACACGUCUCCAGCGCGCCUUUUGGUCACUAUUGAGUUUUGUUUCAGGUUUUCACUGACUGAUUGAAGAUGAGAAGGUCAAAGGGGGAUGGCGACGAUGACAACAACCACAAGACCUCCACAGUCCGCAAGCGAGAUCAGCGGCGUGACAGAGAUCAUGAUGGUUCUGGGAUUGACUCUGGAAAUCUGCAGGACAAUGAUGACCAUGUCAACAGACGAGAAAUACGGAGCAAAUACAGAGACCUGAUCAACUCAGUGCAACAGAAUAGAGAGGAUAUGUUAAAUCCUUCCAACAACAUGCUCACAGAGGUUUUAGAAGAAGCAAACAAGCUUUUUAAAGAUGUACGUCAGGCCAGAGAGGCAGCUCUAGAUGCUCAGCUCCUUGUUGUGGCCACUGACCUUGGGAAAGAGAAAGCCAGUCAGCUGUGCGCAGAAGGGUCCUCUUUUGACCCUUCUGCUUUUGCUGAACACCUUUUAUCCUUCAUGGGUCUAAACCGAUUGGAGGAUGCACAGAAUGGCCAGCAGAAUGGAGGUGAGGGAUACCUGCCCGAUGAUGCAUGGGACAGAGUGGCCCGUAGAGCGGAGUGCUGCUUCAAAACUGCCCCAACUUUCCAUUACAUGUUGGGUUCAUUUCAUGCAGAGCCGCCGCCUCCGAAACAAAGAACUGAGAGACAAAUAAGGGCACCAAACAAAGAAGCAAAAAGAAUUAUGCCUACUCAGCUUAAGAAAAUGGAAGAAUCUCAACAAGAAGCAACGGAAAAAGAGGUGGAGAGGAUCCUGGGAUACCUGAAGGGUUAUUACAAAGAGGAUCCAACAGCUCCAAUACCAUAUUAUGAAUUUGUCAUUGACCCCAACUCAUUUUCCCGAACUGUAGAAAACAUGUUCCACACGUCUUUUUUAAUCAGGGAUGGUUUGGCCCGCAUGUAUCUAGAUGAUAACAGAUUACCUUGUAUAGCUCCUGCAGAAGAAGGUGGGAUGGAGGAUGGAGCAUCAACAAGUCGAAAACAAGGUGUAACAUCAAUAAGUCUUAAAACAUGGAAAGAGCUGAUAGAAGCCUUUGACAUUACAGACACAAUGAUCCAACCUUUGAACGUGUCGCAGACUGAGUGAUGGACAGUUGAAAGCUGUUAAACCCUAACACUUUUUUAUAUUUGAAAUAUCCAUUCUUUUACUGCAAAGACUAUUUUAAGUGCCAGUACUGUGCACAGUAUUUGUUAUGUAUGUUAACAGCAUGUUUUAUUUACUGGUUUUAAAACAUUUAAUAAAAACAAAAUGCACAGUUUAUUUAUGUACAACAGCUCGAUAGAAUACAGUUGCAUGAAUGGGGCUGGAUCAAUAUGGUCUUGUAUCUUUAUACAUAGGCCUGUCAUGAUAACAAAUGUUGAAGUGUGAAAUAUUGUUACAGAAAAUAUAGAUGAUAAAUAAUGAUACUGAAAUUUCUAAGCCACUGACACAAAAAAUGAAAGUAGGGUUAUUACAUUAAACCUUUUUUUUAAUUAACAAUGUAAUAAAGCGCUGCAAAAAAUAAAUGCCUG